GCGGGGCGGGCGGUCCCGGCCAGCGGCGGGAGCGGCGCGGACUCACCGGCGAUACCGGAGCUGAGCGGGGCGGCCGCGGCCGGGCACGUGAGCGGGCGGGCAGCGGGCGGGCGUGCUCUCGCGAGCGCGGCAAGGCGCGCGCGGGGCUCGCGCAGCCGCCUCAGUCUCUCUUCUCUCCCCCUCCAUCCCUCCCCUCUCUCAGCCCCGCCGUCCGUCCGUCCGUUCCCAUUCCCCCGUCGCAUCGAGCGGGAGGCGCCGCCGCCGCCGCGCUCAGUCCCCGCCGGCCCGCAGAAUUGUCUGGUGUUUCUCAGCUUGAAGAAGAUCUGCAGUCAUUAUUGAUCCUCUUUCUUGGCGUUACCGUUUUUGAAGUGAAGUUUGCCUAGCUUUCUAGUGUGAGCUCUCUUUGCAGCCAUCUUAAAAAAAAAAAACUAAGCCAAAAGAAUUUUUUUUGAUCCAUAAAGUAGACAAGCUCUAGUUCUACAAUGUCCAAGUCAUUCCAGCAGUCAUCUCUGAGUAGGGAUUCACAAGGUCAUGGGCGUGACCUCUCUGCAGGAAUAGGCCUUCUUGCUGCUGCUACCCAGUCUUUAAAUAUGCCAGCAUCUCUUGGAAGGAUGAACCAGGGUACUGCACGCCUUGCUAGCUUAAUGAAUCUUGGAAUGAGUUCUUCAUUGAACCAACAAGGAUCUCAUAGUGCACUGUCUUCUGGUAGUACCUCUUCCCAUAAUUUGCAGUCUAUAUUUAACAUUGGAAGUAGAGGUCCGCUCCCUUUGUCUUCUCAGCACCGUGGAGAUGCAGACCAGGCCACAAACAUUUUGGCCAGCUUUGGUCUGUCUGCUAGAGACUUAGAUGAACUGAGUCGCUAUCCAGAGGACAAGAUCACUCCUGAAAACUUGCCUCAGAUCCUUCUACAACUUAAAAGGAGGAGAGCUGAAGAAGGUUAUGGUAGAGAUGGCAGAUCAUCCACACGGGAACCACCAUACAGAGUACCUAGGGAUGAUUGGGAAGAAAAAAGGCAUUUUAGAAGAGAUAGCUUUGAUGAUCGUGGUCCUAGUCUCAACCCAGUGGUUGACUAUGACCAUGGAAGUCGUUCUCAAGAAUCUGGUUAUUAUGACAGAAUGGAUUAUGAAGAUGACAGAUUGAGAGAUGGAGAAAGGUGUAGGGAUGAAUCUUUUUAUGGUGAGACUUCGCAUAACUAUCAUAAAUUUGACAGUGAGUAUGACAGAAUGGGUCGUGGUCCUGGUCCCGAGAGAUCUCUCUUUGAGAAAAAGAGAGGUGCUCCUCCAAAUAGCAAUAUUGAAGACUUCCAUGGAUUCUUACCGAAGGGUUAUCCCCAUCUGUGCUCUAUAUGUGAUAUGCCAGUUCAUUCUAAUAAGGAGUGGAACCAUCACAUCAAUGGAGCGACUCACAGCCGCCGCUGUCAGCUGCUGCUCGAAAUAUACCCAGAAUGGAAUCCUGACAGUGAUUCAGGACAUGGAAUGGGUGAUCCCUUUAUGUUGCAGCAGUCUACAAACCCUGCACCAGGAAUUUUGGGACCACCACCACCUCCAUUCCACCUUGGAGGACCUCCUGUUGGGCCCAGAGGAGCUGGAAAUGGAAAUAUGCAAGGACCCAGGCACAUGCAGAAGGGCAGAGUGGAAACAAGCAGAGUUGUGCACAUCAUGGAUUUCCAGAGAGGAAAGAACCUGAGAUAUCAGCUGCUUCAGCUGGUUGAACCCUUUGGGAUAAUCACGAAUCACCUGAUCCUAAACAAAAUCAAUGAGGCAUUUAUUGAAAUGUCAACCACUGAAGAUGCCCAGGCUGCUGUGGAAUAUUAUUCAACAAUACCUGCCCUGGUGUUUGGUAAACCAGUCAGAGUCCACUUGUCACAGAAAUACAAGAGAAUAAAGAAACCUGAGGGUAAACCUGACCAAAAGACUGAGCCACCAAAGCCAGAACUUGGUCGUGUGAUCCACCUGAGCAACUUGCCCCACUCGGGCUACUCUGACAAUGCCGUGCUCAAACUGGCUGAGCCCUAUGGGAAGAUCAAGAACUACAUCCUCAUGAGAAUGAAAAGCCAGGCCUUUAUUGAGAUGGAGACCAGAGAAGAUGCUUUGGCCAUGGUUGAGCAUUGUGCCAACAAAGCUCUUUGGUUCCAAGGCAGAUGUGUGAAAGUGGAUUUAUCUGAAAAGUACAAGAAGCUGGUGUUAAGGAUUCCCAACAAAGGAGUUGAACUGCUGAAAAAGGAUAAAACUAGAAAGAGAACAUAUUCCCCAGACAGCAAAGAUUCUCCCAGUGAUAAGAAGUCCAAAACAGAACCUGCUCAGAAACCUGAAAGUAGCAAUGCAGAAGAAAAAGUAAAAGAGGAGAAGCAGGAGGAUGCUGCUGAGACUUCAGGUGCCAAAAGUGGGGAACAGGCAGAGCAAGACGAGCCCAGUUUACUCCUGGAGUCUGAAGAUGAACUGCUGGUGGAUGAGGAGGAGGCAGCAGCACUGUUAGAAAGUGGUAGCUCAGCAGGAGAGGAUGCAGAUGUUGCCAAUUUAGGUGAUGUGGCUACUGAGGAGAAAAAGGACACACCUGAUGAUGCGACUGUAAAAACUGAGGGGAAUGUUGCAGCUACUCCAGCAGCCAAGAAAAAGCUUAAAAAGCGCUACGUGGGCGGAUUCCCGCGCAGCAUGGAGGGGUUCGUCACCCUGGACGAGGUGGGCGACGAGGAGGACUCGGACCACCAGAAACUCCGCAAGUCGGGGCUGGUGGCCAAGGCUGCGGGCAAGAACGAGGACAGCCUGGCAGAGAUCAAGGUGGACAAGGUGGAGGAGGCAGAGCAGGAGAGUGAAACGUUAGAAAACGGGACGAAAAGCGAAGAGAACGUCAAGGCUGAGAAUGUCGAAGCUUCUGAUGCUGUGACAGCACAGGAUGCUGAGAAAAACACCCAGGAAAGCACAGAGCCCCAGGGUGAGCAGGAAACUAAGAGCGUCCUGGAGAAACCUCUUGUCCCAGAUGAGUUCAGGAUUGGGCCGUACCAGCCGAACGUUCCUGUGGGUGUGAAUUAUGUGGUACCCAAAACAGGGUUUUAUUGCAAAUUGUGUUCCCUGUUCUACACAAAUGAAGAUGUUGCAAAAAAGACCCAUUGCAGCAGCCUUCCUCAUUAUCAAAAGUUGAAGAAAAUUCUGGAUAAAAUGGCAGAAGACUACAGACAAAAGAAAGAAGCUUAAGAAGAAGGAAGGAUGUAAGGAAAAACGUGGCUUUGUUUUUAAUGUUAAUCUUUUUUAAAAGCAGUACAAGUAGUAGAUGGAAAUACUGUAUUCUUUUUUGUUUUAGUGAGAUACAGUAGGCAUUAUAGGUCUGUUCAUGUGUUAAAUGUUGUAGCAAAAAGCAUAUGCAGUUAAGUUAAUGACAACAAUUUGUUCUUAAUGUGAGAAUGGCAACAACUUUUUGUUUUGACACUUCAAGCUAUUACAAAAAAAAAAAUCUUGCACCCUUGUGGAAAGCUAAUCUAUGAGAAGAAAACUGCAUUUAAAUGAAACUUACUACUUUCAAGCUUCAGAAAUUGUCUUUCAGUUCCAUUCUGAAUAAAAAAUGAAAAGUAAUACUGUAUUUUUAUUUUAUCUAGAACAUUCCGUAUUUUGGUCUGAGCCUAGCAGCUAUUUAAUUUUGAGUGUAAGGCUGUCAUUGCAUUUCACUUUGGAAAAGUCUUUAAAUGUAAGUUGCAUUUUUAAAUGUUGAAUUGCAGUUUCUUUUAAUGUCACUGCUGUUAUCUAUAGCAAAUAGGAAAAUUAGUGAUUAGUCAGCUUUACAACUUCGUGAUUUUUUUUUUUCCUGAGCUCUUGCUAGACUUUCCUAUUCAGCUAUUCCGUGUAUUUUUAGUGAAAAGUAAAUGCCCAUUCUCUGACCAGUAUUAUUUCCUCGAGCUCUUCCUGCUUUUACUUGAAUCUCGUCACUGUUGUACAUCUCUGAUAUAUCAAAAGCAGCAUUGGAGUCCUGAAAGGGACAAAGGUAUCUUUAUUUUCUUCACAUGGAAGUUUUCAUACCUGCAUUUUAACACCAUUUUUUUGUUAAAACCUGUUUUUGUCAAGACUCUUUAGAACUGUGCACUUAAUGUACCUGCUCAUGUGAGAUGUGAACAGGAUUUGCAUGUGUAACCUGUGUUUAUCUGUAGUUUUUGUUAUUUACUGCUUAUUUGUGACUUCAGGUUACUAAAGUGAUUCCCAAUAAACAAAGUUAGACCACAGUGAUUUGUUAUAGAUGUUUGGCAUGUUAACCAGUGUGUCUGCUGAACUCUUUAUCCUGUGUCAUGCCACCACACCAAAACUUGAGCUCUCUUUUUAAAAUGUGCAUGUUUUUAACACCUGUGCUUCAGCAGCUUCCUGCAUAACUCUUCUUUCUCUUCCCUAAACCCUCUUGCAUUUCUGAACAAAUUAAAUAUCACUUGUUAAAACCCUG